AUUCUCGUACUGUUUGCGUUAUUUUAUAGUGUAAAGGUCCUUCAUCGGUCUUCGAGCUACGUAUCUGUCGUUAGAGAUCUACCUUUGGCAGCAGGUGAGGUCAAAUGCAGAGGAAGGGAGCGGAAGAGCUUUGCGGACAGGUGGAAAGAAAUAAUAUUAUAGCUUUUAGCUAAAAAAAAAAGGCGACAAAUGGACGACAACAAAACGGCGCUGGUCGAGAGCCUCAUCAUAUGGCUGCAGACCUUCAACACCCCUGCACCCUGCACAACAGUGGCAGAGCUGACCACUGGAGCGGCAAUGUCACAGGCGCUUAAUCAAAUAGACCCAGCGUGGUUCACUGAAGCGUGGCUCGGUCGUAUCAAAACAGAUGUUGAGGACAACUGGAGAUUAAAGGUGAAUAACCUGAAGAAGAUCCUUCAGAUGGUGGUUGACUAUUACAAUGAGGUCUUAGGCCAGGAAAUCUCCAACUUUCCCCUGCCUGAGCUGUCCCUGGUGGCAGAGCAUUCAGACCCAGUGCAGCUGGGGAGGCUGCUGCAGCUCAUCCUGGGCUGCGCUGUCAGAUGUGAGCGCAAACAAGAAUACAUUCAGAUCAUCAUGACCCUGGAGGAGUCUGUGCAGCAUGUUGUCAUGACAGCCAUCCAGGAGCUCAUGAGUAGAGAGACCAUGGGCCCAUUUGGAGCAGAGCUGUCAGGGGACUUGGAACAGCAGCUUAAAAAAGCCCUGGAGGACCUUGGUGAACUUCUGACAGAAAAGGAAGCACUCACCCAACGCUGUCAAGAGCUGGACAUGCAGAUUGAUUUGUUCUGUCCCCAGUCUUGCUCGUCUCUCGUCUCAGGAAGCAAACUGAAAUCUGACGGCAGAAAUGUGGCUGUUCUCCAGGAGGAACGGAACAGUUUAUUAGCUGAGAAUGACGUGCUAACAGACCGAGCCAAUCAGCUGGACACGUUCGACGACCCAAGCACUCCCUCAGGAAGAAAACACAAUCAGCUACAGCAGCAGCUCGAAUCACUGCAGGAGGAGAACUUCAGGCUGGAGGCUGCUAAGGAUGAUUACCGGAUCCACUGUGAAGAGCUGGAGAAGCAGCUGAUUGAGGUUCAGCACCGUAAUGACGAGCUCACCAGCCUGGCAGAGGAAUCAAGAGCUCUGAAAGAUGAACUGGAUGUCUUGAGGAACUGUUCUGAUCGGGUGGUGAUGCUGGAGGCCUCAGUGGAAACCUACAAGCGUAAACUGGAGAAUCUGGGUGAUCUAAAGAGGCAGAUGAAGCUGUUGGAGGAGAAUAAUAUGACCUACAUGCAAAACACCGUCAGUCUGGAGGAAGAGCUACGCAAGGCCAACGCUGCCCGUGCUCAGCUCGAGACGUACAAGAGACAGGUCCAGGAGCUACACAAGAAGCUUUCUGAGGAGACCAGGCGAGCGGACAAUCUGGCUUUUGAGAUGAAAAAGUUGGAGGAGAAGCAUGAAACUGUGAUUAAGGAGAAAGAGAGGACCAUCAUUGAGAGAGAUUCUCUGAAGGAAAUCAACGAAGAGCUGCGAUGCACUCAGGCUCAACAGCACCAGCUCUCUCAAGCAGGGAUGCUUUCCUCUGGCAGUCCCAGCCAUGAUAACCUGGCAGCUGAGUUAAUACCUGUUGAGUACAGAGAAAAGUUCAUCAGGUUGCAGCACGAGAAUAAGAUGCUGAGAGUGCAGCAGGAGGAAUUUGAGCGGGAGAAGAUCGCUGCUCUGCAGACUCAGCUGGAGGAAGCUCAUAAGACUCGCAGUGAACUGGACACUGAGAACAGAUUGAGCCGAGAGCGGAUCAGUGAGCUGCAGCAGCAGGUCGAGGACCUUCAGAAGGCUCUGCAGAGUCAGGCAGCCAAACCCGAUGAUUCAAACCUGAAGCGGAAACUUGAUGCGCACAUGGUCCAACUGAACGAGGCUCAGGAUGAAAUCAUGAAGAAGAAAGAGCUGCUGGAGGACCUUCAGCCUGACAACACUCAAACCUCCUUGAAGGUGGAUGAGCUGAUGGCUGCUCUGAAGAAGAAGGAUGACGACAUGCGGGCCAUGGAAGAGAGGUACAAGAUGUACCUGGAGAAAGCUCGUAAUGUUAUCCGAGCAUUGGACCCUAAGUUGAAUCCUGCCACCGCUGAGAUCCAGGCUCUCAGGAACCAGCUAGCAGACCGGGACAAGCAGAUUGUCAACCUGGAACGUCAGUGUGAGCAGGCCAGGCUGAGAGAGUAUGAGGAGAAGCUGAUCGUCACAGCCUGGUAUAACAAGAGUCUAAACUAUCAGAAGUUGGCCAUCGAAUCCCGCCUGGGGGGUCGCACUCCCUCCGUGUUAUCCCCGGCCCAGUCCUUCCUGUCGCAGCAGCGGCAGGUUUCGAACGCCCCACGCCGAGCGCUGUCCAUGAACGUGCCAGCCACUACCUCCAAGUAGACCACGCCGCGGAGCCAAACGUCUUUCAACGAAAGCAGACAUCCUCUCUCCCUCCCACAAGUGAGCACUCAAGUGACCUUAUACACAUCUGCUCUCUGCACUUGGGGACGAGUCAAGGAUAAGCUGAUUGGGAUCAAUGAGCACUAACUUGUCAAACACAACCCUAAAGGUCGCCCACCUGAGGCUGUAGUAAGCUGUCCCACUAUUUCCACUAGCCUGAAAGCUGACCUUACAUAGCACAUUAACCCACAACCUGCUUUCACCUCACUGGCUCUAGUAACGCACAAUUUACCGCGUAUUCCCAUUUUGCCCUCGUGUUUGUGCUUUAUCGCCUGCAGACUCAGCUAAAUACUUGCUAUAAUCAGUUUAGCCUUGUCUCAUAUCCUGUCGUAGUUUGUCAGGAAUGAGAGAAAUGUAUAUGACUGCUUAGCAUUUUUGUUCCAAAUUAGAGCCUAUUAUAAGUAAUGAAUGUGAUUUUCUUUUUAAAGGGUUACUUGAAUGCUAAUCAACUAAAUGUGACUUCAGAUUAUUGUAAGUACGAACUGUACCGUCAUACUAUGCAGUGAAACGGGGGUACUGAUAUUGUCACCCAGCAGACUGAUGAAACAAGCUCUGCGAAAACGCUAAAUGCUAUAUUUGGUGCUGGCCGCCAACUGCUUUUACGGAUUUAACAUCAGUCUCCUACAAAGGUUUUACUAAAAUGGAACAAGCUCCAUCAAAUGAAGCUGUGAAGAUCCUACAAGUCAUAUUAACCAUAAACAACCUUCGAGGUGCUGCAGCGACAAAUCUUCUAGAAUAAAUUCAGGAAUUGUGUAUUUAUCGAUUAUUUUCUAUAUUCCCAGAGUGUGAUUUGACCUCUGCACUGGCAGCAAGUUCUCAGUAACUUUCUAUUCACUGAAUCUUGUGUAGUAAAGAGUAAUCAAGACCAUAAUCUAUGAAGUUGUACAGUUGUAAUGUAAAUGUGAUUUUACCACCAGCUUUUGAUCCAAAUGUCAGAACCAGGUUAAUCAUUCAUACAGUACCUGCAAAUUGUAACUUGAGAACUUCAGUGGCUGUAGUCACUAUUUAAUCGGAGAAAUGUUUUCAGGCCAUUUAGUAUCAGUUCGGAGUAAAGAGCGCUGUAGAGAAGCAGGUAAUGUCUUUGAUAUUGUGGUUUAUUAGCUGUCUGAUGCUACGGAGUUUAAGUUUCACAACAGAAAAUGGCUGUUUGAUUGCCUUCUCUCUUUGUAUGUUUGCAGCAACACUAAAGAGGCGUUCUGUUGUCACGGUUUCGCUUUUGUGAUGAAUAGAUGUACAUUAAGAUGCUUUGAUUUUUCCUUUUGCUGUGGAUGAUUUUUAUAGAUUGCUGAUUUCAAAGCAGUUUCACUCAUAAAAAUAAGAAGUCUGAUCAAACGUAGCACAGCACAGAAACUACAUGAGAGGAGUCGUAUGUUUUGUGUGUAAAUGAAAAACAUGAGAAAGGCAUUAUGAACUUUAUGGAAUUUAGGAAGGUAAAAUUUUAAAGCCUUUGGUUUUCUGUGAAUAAAUAAACUCUUUUUUUCUAAAAGUGUA